UUAACAAUACAAUUACAUGCCAUUCCAUUACACUUACAAUCCUUAAAAUCUUUAACUCUGAAAUAUUAAAUCAGAAAGACAACAAAAAUAUAUUCUGCAAUUUAAAUAAUGUAAAACCAUUAUAUGAAAUGUGAUAAAUUCAAAAAAAUAGUUAAAAAUCAAUACUAUUGGCAACAUGUUAAAACUCAGAUCCAAGGAAUGUUAACGCGCGUCGUUUGGCCACUCUCGCAUUUUUGUGAUUGGUUGAUUUGUGAGCAAGCGGACAUUUUGGACGAAGGUUUCCAAUGGCCAGAGCUGGGGCGCGUUAUCACAUCGUUAGACGGUGAACAGCGGCGGCACUCUUUUUAAGCAAAAGUUGGUUUAGAGAGUGCGUGUUAAAUAAUUUGUUUUUUUUUUUAUGGUUAUCAUGUUUGUUAUUUUUCUUGUUUUUUGUUGAUGUUAAUGUUUUAUUGUUGAUGUUAUAUUAGUUGUUAUCCUCGUUUUUUGCAAAAAAAUUUUAAGAUUUUUCAUUUAGAGAUUAAAAUAAAUAAUUAUUUAAAAGGAAAGCAUUUGAAUGGUCAGGCGCGAGAAGUAAUCGCAAAUGUCUAUAGAGUUUGCGAUGAAGAGGCUUCUAUAAAUUGUUUUAAAUUACAUUUAAAACAGAAAUUAAGCCGAGCUUCCAUGUACACUGGGGUUAGUGAAAGUUCGAUAAAAAGAAUUAGAAAAGAAUAUGAACAGCGUAAUAUAAAUAAUCCCAAUAGGAUGUUUCUAUCUUCUGGUAACCACCGCAUCCGCUCAUUUGUUCUCACGAAUUUUGAAGUAGACGUUGGUGUGAUGAGGAGAAUAGUACAAAAAUUUUAUGUAGAGCUAAAACAAGUCCUAACUUAAAAAAAAAAUUAAAAAUCAGCUAAAUGCCGAUGGUGCCCAUUUUCCUUUCUCUACAGAAACACUUCGAAAAAUUUUAAAGGCUAAUGGAUUUUUUUGGCGAAAAUGUCAAAAUAAAAGGAAAAUAUUAAUGGAAAAACCACACAUUUUGCAUUGGAGGUACAAAUAUAUCCAUGCUAUUUGGAAAUAUCGCCAAGAGAACCGCAAUAUUAUUUAUAUGGAUGAAACGUGGGUGGAUAACGAUCUGACCGUAGGAAAAUGUUGGCAAAGUUCUGAUAUAUUUGGAGUUCCGAGUAACAUUAGUUCAACUGGGCAUCUUAUUGUUGUACAUGCGGGAUCAAACAAUGGAUUUUUGGAAAAUGCUUCUUUAGUAUUUAAAGCGGGACAAACCUCUGGUGAUUAUCAUGGCCAAAUGAACCAAACUAAUUUUACCCAAUGGCUUACAGAAAAGCUGCCACCUAAUACACCUGCAAACAGCAUAAUCGUCUUAGAUAAUGCCCCAUAUCACUCGGUGCAAAAAGACAAGACCCCUACGAAAUCUUCGCUUAAGCAGCAUAUGAUUGAUUGGUUAUCUAAAAAAGGAAUAACUUAUGAUCCGUCGGCAAGAAAAUAUGAGCUUUAUGAUUUGGUACAAAUGCAUAAGCCUCCUAAUGACCAAAAAAAUUAUGUCAUUGAUAAUAUAAUACGGCAACAUGGGCAUACGCCGUUAAGGACACCACCAUAUAUGUGUGAGCUUAACCCAAUUGAACUGACUUGGGCUCAAGUUAAGCGCCAUAUACGAUGUCGAAAUACCUCUGGAGACCUGAGCCUCACCAAAUUAAGGGAAGUAUUGGAUGAUGCGAGAAAUUCUGUCACCCGUUCGGAUUGGGAAAAAAUUUGCCAACACGUUAUCCACAUCGAGGAGAAAUAUUGGCAGACAGACUAUAUGAUGGAGGAAAUUGAACCAUUAGUAAUAACUUUAGACAAUGCCAAUGAAUCAAGUGAUAGCGACCUUGAAACUGAUCAUGAUAUUGAUGGUAGUGACAGUGAAACUGAAUGAUAAAAACAGCAUAUUUUGUAUAUUAGAUAUAUAUAUUUUUAGGGUCAAAUUAAAGUUUAUUUUCACUUAAUUCUGCGUUAAUACAUUUUUUUAAAUAAAAAAAUUUAAAUAUUAUAAUUAGUAAAGUAUCUUUCUUUUUGAUCUAAAAUUAUUUUAAAUUUGUCUCUAUUUUUAAAAACUGUAUCCCACAAAUAACGAAACUGUAAGAAAAUCAUUACUUAUAUGAAUUAUUUAAAGGAUAGGCUUGUAACUCGUAAAUAGAUUUCGGCUUUUUAUACAGGGUAUUUGGAAGGUCGAUGCAAACUCUUGGAGAGAUAAUAGGGCAGCUCAUUUAGAGUCUUUUAAACCAAAAAUACCUUAGUACAAAGUCUUAUUGUUUUCGAGAUAUUUAAGACUUGCGUAUGAAAUAUUUGAUCAUAAAUAAUUAAUUAAAUAAAAACACUCGAAAACCAUAAGACUUUUUACUAAGGUAUUUUUGCGUUAAAAAACUCUAAAUGACCUCGCAUAUUAUAUCCCCAGGACAAUGCAUCGACCUCGCAAACACCCUGUAUAUGAUCAAAAAUAACAAUCGAAAAUCUCAAAUAUCUCGAACACGGUAAGACUUUGCACUUAGGUUUAUUUGGUUUAAAAGACUCUAAAUGACCUGCUCACAUCACAUCUUUAAGACUUUGCAUCGACCUUCCAAACACCUUGUAUAAAAUAUACGCUUUGCUAAAUUAUGCAUGUAAUAAUUUAUUAACAUCAAUUUGUAUGAAGAAUCUAUAAAACAAAAGUAAUUUACAUCUAUUAUUUUGUUCGUGUAAAAGCAUAUCGCACACCACUGAACACACGCGGAACGAGCGGAGAUACCUCCCGUCUCACCUACGCCCCGCAGCUCAUUAUAUAUUUGUCAAGCUGUAAGUUUGUGGUUUUGAAAUAAAUUUAUCUUUUGCAAAGUCUGCAGACAAGUGUGUGCAGGAUCAAGAUCUGCGCGGCGCUCGCACACUAACCUACGUAUUUGUCUCGAGACUGACCGUUCCAGAUAAAGUAUGCAGAGAACUCUGCAUGUGUGUGGCCGGCUCUUCGCUUUUAGUUAUAGAAUUCCCCCACAGUUCUCUUUGUAUCGAUUAAUGUGAUUGUUGUACGGCUUAAGUUCCGAGUGGUUUGGCCAUUUGCAGAUUCUUUUUAGUAGUGAGAGUUUUUUAUAAACACUAAAGAAAGACCUUUUGUUUUAGUUUAUUUGUUAUUUCAGUUCUAUCAUAUUGCAAAAGUAAAGUCUGCCCAACCAAUCUGUAGCUAAGCGGUAUCGGUGCGGGGAACGUGGUUGUAGACUAGACCCGCCUCAUUUCAUUCAUGAAAUGGCCAGUGACGUGCGAAAUUUUAUAAACCGAUUACACAGAUUUAAAUGUAUUAAAUAUUAAAAAAUAUGGUUUGGUUUUAAUUUUAAAAUAGGUAUUUGUAGGUAAGAUAUUAAUUUGGAAAUUAAGGUCUUCUAAAAUAUUUUAUUUGUAAAUAUGUAAUAAAAAAAUGACAGACAAGAUUAGGGAAGUUUGAGAUAAAAGUAAAGUAAAGAAAACACAAAAUUUGUAAUACACCUAUUUAGUUUAUUCACUUAAAAUAAGAGUGCCGUACUCGAUGCCUGGAUAUCGCGAGGGAAAGAGCACGGCAGAUAAUCCGAAUUAUGCUGUUUAAACAUUGAAUUUACUACAUAAUAUGUAUAAUUUAAAUUAUUAUUUAAAUAAGUAUAAUCAAUUUGUACCUGUUGAAGAUAUAUUGCUACCCACUCCAGUAACAGUCUCAAUCUGCCAGCAUUUUUUAAACGUUAGGUCAUUGUCUAUCCAAGUUUCAUCUAAAUAGACAAUAUUGCGACCUUCGGCUCGGUGUUUUUUUAUUUCUCUUAGGUAUUUAUACCUUAAAGAUGUUAUUUUUGGAAAAUUUUCUUCUUGUGGCAAUUUUUGCAACAGCUUUCUGCUAGUAGGCACAACUUUAAACCCAUAUAAAUUCGAUUUAUUAGGUGUUUAACUAUUUGAAAAUGAAAGUUGUCGUCUUGUUCCACCUUCGUCAUUCGCGAUCUUUUUUUGCCGGGACUAGAAAGCAUUUUGUUGGGGUCCGUCCGCAUUCUUUCUUCAUCUUCUUUGUGAAUUUUUUUCACCAUUGAAAUGCUUACGCCAGUAUAUUGAGAUACUCUUUCAAGUUUGGGCUUUACUGGUAGAUUAACGAAGUUAUUAGUAGCUUCUUCAUUGCAAACCCUAAGAAUUUGUACAAGAAGUAUAUAAUCCUGAUAUUAGAUUUUUUUUAGUCGUCGUUCCAAUUCAUAUUACUUAUAUUUAUAGACAUUUUAUAUUCAAAAUAACCAACAUUAACUUUAAAUCUUUUUUGUUUGUAAAGCAAUCGAGCUUGGUUUUAUUUCAUUGAAUAUGAUUUUUAUUUAU